AUGCUCAAUUCAAUGAAUCGAAUCAGUAAGAAAAAAUUAGAUCUACAACAUUUAAGUUGCUGAUCGAAGGAUCUUUAUUUGUCUUUCGCUAGUUCAAGUUUAUGCUCUCUUUAUCACAUGGAACUAGUUAAAUUUUUGGCGAUGCUUCAUUGAUUUUUGCAGGCAGUGAUGCCUUCUAAGGUUUAUCGAAUUCCAAUGUAGAUAUGCUAUAAUUUGUUAGGUAAGGGACUUUUAUAUCUGCAAAAAUGGCAUUUGUGAGAAGUCCAUGGAUAGAAAGAUUUUCUUCAUCAUCAGCUUGCUGGAGGGUGACCUUCAUGUUAUUUGUUGCUUUUGCUCUUGUUGGAGUUUGGAUGUUCACUUCUUCAACUGUUGUGCCUCUAGAGAUUUCUCCACAAGAAGCAAGUAAAUUUGAGUUGAAAAAGCAACUUCCUCAGACUGAUUCUAGGCCAUCAGAGAAUGGCUCUGGCAAUGCUUUCACUGAGUCAUACAUGUCUACAGAUCAUAAUUGGGAUGAUAGUCAAGCAGAUAAAUUUGGUGAGGCACAAUCAGAAGGCAGUAAGAUUGAUGUGGGUAACCAGAGAGAUGGCCAGGACAAUGUCAUAGGUGAAAAUGUUGAGAGGAAUGCCAGCCAUAUGGAAGACAAGACAAUUGGUGAUAAAUCCAAUAAUGUCAUGAAAAAUGAAGAGCCCAAUUUAAGCAUGAAUAUUAAUGAAUUUAAAGAUGGUGGGCUACAAGAAAAUGAUAAAAAAAAUUCAAAGCAAAGCGAAAAUAAUGAUCAUGAUGGAAUGCUUAGUGAGAAGGAUAAUAUUCGUACAGGGGAUGUAACAAAGGAUGAAGUGUUUCCUAAUGUUUCCCAGUUAGAGCUUUUAAAUGAGACCAAUGCUCAGGUUGGAGCUUGGUCAACACAAGCUACUGAGUCAAGGAAUGAGAAGGAACUGCAGGUGUCUUCUUCAUGGAGCGAAGUUACCAAAUACAAUUGGAAACUAUGUAACGUCACUGCUGAAGCAGACAAUAUUCCUUGUCUGGAUAAUGAGGAAGCAAUAAAGAGACUGCCUACCACAAAGCAUUAUGAACAUCGAGAGAGACAUUGCCCCGAGGAGGCCCCAACCUGCCUUGUGCCGCUUCCAAAUGGAUAUAGAGGGACAAUUAAGUGGCCCAACAGCCGAGAGAAGAUAUGGUACUACAAUAUCCCUCAUACGAAGCUUGUAGAGCUGAAGGGCCAUCAAAACUGGGUAAAAGUUUCAGGAGAGUAUCUGACAUUUCCUGGCGGUGGAACUCAGUUCAAAUUUGGUGCUUCUCGCUAUAUUGAUAUCAUUCAGAAGUCAUUUCCUGUUAUAGCAUGGGGAUCUCGCAGCGGAGUCAUUCUGCAUGUUGGUUGUGGAGUUGCAGGCUUUGGAGGAUCUCUGUUUGAUAAAGACGUGCUAACCAUGUCUUUUGCUCCUAAAGAUGAACAUGAAGCACAAGUGCAAUUUGCCCUCGAAAGAGGAAUUCCAGCAAUAUUAGCAGUUAUGGGCACCAAGAGGCUUCCAUUCCCUGGCAUGGUUUUUGAUGUUAUUCAUUGUGCUCGUUGUAGAGUGCCAUGGCAUAUUGAAGGUGGCAUGCUUUUGUUGGAGUUGAAUCGAUUAUUAAGACCAGGUGGUUUCUUUAUAUGGUCUGCUACGCCCGUUUACCGAAAGACGGUAGAAGACAUUGGGAUCUGGAAAGCUAUGUUCGAGUUGACAAAGAUGAUGUGUUGGGAAAUGGUGAGCAAAUCAAAGGAUUCUGUUAAUAAAGUUGGUCUAGUCAUCUUUAGAAAGCCUUCAAACAAUGAAUGCUAUGAGCAAAGAGUGGUAAACACACCUCCUAUUUGCCAAGAAUCUGAUGAUCUGAAUGCUUCUUGGAAUGUUUCUUUGCAAGCAUGCAUGCACAGGUUACCUGUGCAUCCUGUUCUACGUGGUUUUGGUUGGCCAGAUAAGUGGCCAUCAAGGCUUGAAAGAGCACCUUAUUGGCUGGACAAGGCUCAGGUUGGGAUUUAUGGCAAACCUGCUCCUGAAGACUUUCAAACAGACUUUCAGCACUGGAAACGUGUUGUAAGCAAGUCAUACCUGAAUGGAAUUGGAAUCAAUUGGUCCACCGUAAGGAAUAUCAUGGAUAUGAGAUCUGUGUAUGGAGGCUUUGCUGCAGCGUUACGUGACCUACCGGUGUGGGUGAUGAAUGUAGUCCCAAUCGAUUUCCCAGACACACUUCCCAUUAUUUAUGAGCGCGGCCUUUUUGGGAUGUAUCAUGAUUGGUGUGAAUCAUUCAGCACUUAUCCAAGAACUUAUGAUCUUCUCCAUGCUGACCAUUUAUUUUCAAGGCUUAAAACAAGGUGCAAGCUGUUAUCUGUGAUCGUCGAGGUGGACCGAAUACUGAGACCUGAAGGGUUUCUGAUUGUUAGGGACGACAUGCAAACAAUACAAGAAAUUGAAAACAUUCUAAAAUCUCUCCACUGGGACAUUAGACUGAGCUACUCAAAGGAGACUGAGAGUUUGCUUUGUAUGCAGAAGAAAAUGUGGCGUCCACAGGAAAUAGAGGCAAAAAGUGCUUCUAUUUCAUAGCUAAAGAGUCACAGAAUUUGGAUGCAUUUAUGCUUCUUUUUGUUCAACUUAUCGGCCUGCAGGAGGGAACUUUUGGAAUGAUGUAGAAAGAUGUGACUGGCAGCUUUUGUGCCGUAGGGUUGUCAGGUGGUGACAAUUAUAUCUCAUCAUUUUUGGAG